AAUCACCUGGGACCCUCAGACGGACUUGGAGUUGAUGGAAACAACCUGCACUGGUUCGGAGGCGGACCGCGGCGGCAAAGCGCCACUGUGUGCUUUUCUUUCCAUGCUUGAAGUAAAUUGGAAGCGAAGAUUGAGUUCAUCUAGCCUGAACUAGCGGCCCUCCGGAGGGAAUAUCUUAUCCGGGAGAGCAGUCUCAGACGAUGGGGUUUGAAAUGAGCAGUGUCAGGAGGACUGCGCCCAGACUCCUAAUCCUACCUGUCACUGAGAGAGCAGCUGCACGGGAGCUGCCACUGCCGGGGAAAGGGCUACAGGUGACGGUGCUGUGAAUGUGACUCAGAAGUGUCCAAUAAUAUUCCUUCUGUGGUGUGGCUUCAUUUAUUAUUUUUUCCCUUUUUUUUGCACCCUUAGCUGUAGUAAGACCUCAGAUUACAGGGAUACUUUUCAGGUGUGAUGGUGCCUACAUGCGUGUUUUAUAGGGCCAAUCAAUCCCGUCACCAAAUAAUAAAAAUGAAGAAAAAUGCGUUUACUUGCAUUGAAUUGACUGAUGCCGCCAUCCCACCUGCUGAUAUUCUAUAAAAGUACAUUUUUGCAUCGCAUUUGGUCACAGACGUGGGUGCUGAAGAAACAACACUGUAGUCUGGACGAUCCGCAGGGAAAUCUGCGUGGACAGCAGACACGCUUUCUUUUUUGUUGCUUCGUGGAUCAUUUCUAAAGUAAAAUGACAGGUAGCUGAACUCUAAUUUUCCUGGCAACACGGGUCCCUUCUCCUCCUCUCCUAAAGGAGCCCUGCUUGCCCGGGGACCCUCCGGAAGCCACUGCAGUGAGCUAUUUAUGGUCUCCAAGGGAGCGAGGCCCCGCCUCUCCAGAGACUUUCUCAUAUAGCAUGUAAGACUCCCCUGCUCUUCUCCUUUCUCCUUCUUCCUUGUACACCUAUUGAGGAUGCUUUCCGCCUUCGGGGGGCCUCCUCUUCCUGCUCUCCUAUUGGCUCCCGGUCAGCCUCUGCCGUGGUGACGUCAGGCCCCGCCGCCCCUGCAGCGCUGAAUGGACCAAGCAGCCUGUCUGAUCCACUCCAAAACAGCUCAACACGGCACAGCACAGCACGGACACCAUCCCGGGAAUAGGAAAAUAACAGGAAUAGAGGCUUGACGGGACAGCGACAGAGAUCAGCCUCCAAAUCGCACGAAGGCCCAACAACAUCAGCAUCAUUGUUUGUUUUCUUCACGAGACAGGACGGGGGAGUGCGCCCACCGUUUUGCGGGUGUAUGUGCGUGCGCUUGUCUCCCGGUUUGGAUCACGAUGAUGCAAAGUGCGGCGGUCCUACCGACAGAGAGUCCUGUGAAGAGUUUACCGGAGAUUCUCGGAGUGCCACUGCAGCAGAUCCCUCAGUGUGCAGGCUGUAGUCAGCACAUCCUGGACAAGUUCAUCCUGAAGGUGCUGGACAGACACUGGCACUCCAAGUGCCUCAAGUGCGCCGACUGCCAGACACCGCUGGCGGACAAAUGUUUCUCCCGGGCAGGAAGCGUCUACUGCAAGGAGGAUUUCUUCAAACGUUUUGGUACAAAAUGUGCAUCGUGUCAGCAGGGCAUCCCGCCGACACAGGUUGUGCGGAAGGCGCAGGACUUUGUUUAUCACCUGCACUGCUUCGCCUGCAUCAUGUGCAGCAGACAGCUGGCCACCGGGGACGAGUUUUACCUCAUGGAAGACGGGAGGCUGGUGUGCAAGGUGGAUUACGAGGCCGCCAAACAAAAUGAUGAUUCAGAGGCAGGGACCAAGAGACCAAGGACCACCAUCACCGCCAAACAGCUGGAGACCCUCAAAAGUGCCUACAAAAACUCGCCGAAGCCUGCACGCCACGUCAGAGAGCAGCUGUCAUCGGAGACGGGGUUAGACAUGAGAGUGGUGCAGGUUUGGUUUCAGAACCGGCGAGCGAAGGAAAAGCGUCUGAAGAAAGACGCAGGGCGGCAUCGCUGGACUCAGUUUUAUAAAAGUGUCAAACGCAGCCGAGGAGGAACUAAAGUGGAGAAGGAGAGCUCAGCUGACGACGCAGGACUCAGCGACAGCGAGCUGAGCUUCAGAGACGACCAGGUCCUGUCAGAUCUCGGCCACGCCAACGGGCUUUACGGGAGCGUCGGCGAUGUGACCAACACGCUGAACGGCGGCUUCUCCGUCGACGCGGCGGGACAGCCCUACCACGACAUCCGAGCGGGAAGCCCUUAUGGUCUCCCCCAGUCGCCCUCCUCCAUCGCCUCUCUGCCCGGCCACACUCCUCUCCUCAACAACCUGAGCUUCAACAUGGACAGCCUGGUGGCACAGGGGGGGCCGGGUGGUGUGGGACAGGCUCUGAGGGCCAUGGCAGGAGGCCCGACCUCAGACCUCUCCACAGGGAGCAGUACGGGAUACCCUGACUUCCCCACCAGCCCCGCCUCAUGGCUGGACGAGAUGGACCAUUCCCAGUUUUGAGUCUCAGACAUGGUAAAAAAAAAAGUACUGUGGGGAAACAUCAAAGUGGACUCAGAAGGCUUUUUACAUUUCUUUCUAUCGCUCUCCACGGUCCACUGCCGGUAUGUUUCGGGUGCGAUGUUGGGCGAAGGAGAAGGGAGAGUCCCGCAGCAGUCGUAGUUGGUGAGGUAGCCAUCGAGAUAUGUAGUCUGAGCAGAAGCAGCGAGAACGCCUCCACACAGAAUGAGUCAACUCUGCAUCAUACGAUCAUUUUUUACACUUUUUUUUGUUCGUUCACUCUCUGAAAGUGAGACCGGAUCUCAAAUAUAUCGGUGGAGUAAUGCUCACAGGGGAGAAACGUCUCAUCCCUUGAAAUAAACCACACAACAUUAGGGCGACACAAUCCAGAUCAAAGUCCCUACGAAACCCAGGAGUCACCUGCAUGCUUCUCAUUCAUACUGAGCAGGCCUGCCGUACAGCCACAUCCAAGCCUUUACAUUGGCGAUGCACUUUACUCUCCUCGUCUCUCUACACGUGUGGACAGAGAAAAGGAGGAGAGACGUAUGCACAAGGCAACAAACAGUGUUUCAUUGGGAGAGAAAUUUACAAAAAAAGAGCGGCACAAGUGUUAAUUUUGAACCACGCUGAUGCUUUUUUUGUUUUUAACAUAGUGCUCAAACUUAUUAGGAAAUAGAUGACUGUUGGUCUGCCCGUCCUUUCCUCUGUCCGUCCGUCUGUUCACUAGAAGUUUAUGUCUCCCCUCUUUGAAUGAGGGCGAUCACUGUUUGCUACAAAGCAGAUCUCUCUUCUAUAUUUAUAGGUGCUUGACUUGUUGUCAUCUGUGUAAAAGCUGGUCUGGAAGCAGACGUCCGUCAGUAUUAAAUUAUCUCAGACACAGACUCGCCAGGAAUAAAAAGCUUAUAUGUUUAAGGCAAAGUCAAGACAUGUAUACGGUUUGGAAAUAUUCAGUUCUAACUGCAUCUUAUCCAUUUGUAUGCACAUGCAGAUUCUUUUGCAGACGUUGAAAGCAAACAUAAAUUUGACACUUAAAAUGCUAACAAGCAGGAACACAGAUAAAAACUCUCUUGAGUUUCUUCGGUCUGAUCCAGGCGCCUCUUGGUAAUCUACUCAGUGCAGCUUUGCCUGCUAUCAACCUACUCACUGACCCCAGAUGUGUCGUCAGCCUGUUCUCCCACUGCCUGGCCUGCAUGUCAGAGGGAUUACCGAUAGUCCCCCACAUUCAGGGCUGAUGCUUUAGCGUCAGUGCUGGCACGACUGCCGGGCCGAUGCAUUUCCCACAGCUGCAUCUUUAAAGACCCACAACAACUGAAACAGUGGAACGAUUCGGUGUUUCUGAUUCUUGACCUGCUGAGCAUGCAGGAACCAUCAUUCAGAUUUGAUCUCUGCUUCAAAAGAGAAACAAAGUCUUAUUCAUGUGGGUACUUCUUUUGUUAAAAAAAAAAACAAGGGAAAGAGGGAAAAAAACGAGUGUUUUCAAUACCAGGAAGCAAAUAAAGAAAUACAAGAUGACACUAUUCAGAGAAACUCGAGAUUACAGCUCUAAAAUUACAGCGUAAUUAUUUGGUUGAUAAAAUUAAAACUAUAUAAAGUGUAACACGGGGGUAACAUUUAGAUGUAUUACAGUUAGUUAAAUUCCAAUACAACAAAGAAUAAAUGUAUUACAGAAAAAACAAAUUUAGGAAGAUCUCAUAUUUGAUUAUUUCAUUUAUCACUUAGAAAUGACAGUUGGAAGCAACGUGGACAAAGUUUUGAAAGAAGAAUAGUGUACUCGAGAUCAAAACAUUCGUUUUAAAUUACUGAGCUACUGUAAAACAUUACAAUUGUUCAUUAUGUGACAGUUAAAAAAGGGAUGCAGUCUAUAACCCACAUCAACCAUGAGUAAACAUCUGUUACCCCCAGGAUGAGUGCACCGUAAUUACAGCGUAAUGUUUGAGCUUCUAUCGAAGUUUCACAGUUAAAUGAAAUAACAAACAUAUUACCAGGACAGUUUCAUUCAGUCUGUGUUGCCUCCAAACUUUGCAUCUCAAUUGCUGUAAAUUUUGUACAGGUUGAAAACGUGUUGAUCGUCUUGUUUCAUGAGCGCUAUUUAUUAUUGCCAUGUGUCUUUGAAAAAGAUGUAAAAGAGAGCACUGAAUUUAUUCAUUUAUGCCUUCUGUGUAAUGGUCUGAACUGUGUACAGUCAAAUCUAUAUGAGGAAAAUAAAGCUGGAUUGUGUUUGGGUUA